GCUCACCUAACCUAAUCUAUGAUCAGCUCCGUGUGUGUCUCCUCCUAUCGCGGGCGCAAGUCAGGGAACAAGCCACCCUCCAAAACAUGCCUGAAGGAAGAGAUGGGCAAAGGAGAAGAGUCCGACAGGAUCACGAUCAACGUGGGGGGCACCCGGCAUGAGACCUACAAGAGCACGUUGCGCACCCUGCCUGGGACCCGCCUGGCCUGGCUGGCAGAUCCCGAUGCCCAGAGCAAUUUUGACUUUGAUGGGCAGAGCAAUGAGUUUUUCUUUGACCGCCACCCAGGCAUUUUCUCUUACGUGUUGAACUACUACCGCACGGGCAAACUACACUGCCCAGCAGACAUCUGUGGGCCCCUCUUUGAAGAGGAGCUGACCUACUGGGGCAUUGACGAGACUGAUGUGGAGCCUUGCUGCUGGAUGACUUACCGGCAGCACCGGGAUGCGGAGGAAGCCCUGGAUAUCUUCGAGAGCCCUGAGCCUGGCAGCAGGCUGGCUGGGGAAGAGGCUGAAGACGAAGGGGCCCGGGAGAUGACCCUUCAACACCUGGGCAUGGAGGAUAGGCCUCCUGGGGCCUCCGGAGGAGGAGGAAGUGGCUGUUGCCGGAACUGGCAGCUGAAGAUGUGGGCACUUUUUGAGGAUCCCUAUUCAUCAAAGGCGGCCCGGAUCAUUGCCUUUGCUUCCCUUUUUUUUAUCCUGGUAUCCAUCACAACUUUUUGUCUGGAGACCCAUGAAGCCUUCAUCAUAGAUACCAAUGUGACUGAGACCCUAGUAGUGGGCAACACGACGAAGAUUGUUGUGAUGAAAAAGAUGGAGACAGAGCCAGUUCUCACCUGUAUUGAAGGAAUUUGUGUGCUCUGGUUUACUCUGGAGUUUCUGGUGCGCAUUGUUUGCUGCCCAGAUAAAUUGAUCUUCAUUAAGAACCUUCUUAACAUCAUUGACUUUGUAGCCAUUCUACCCUUCUACUUAGAGGUGGGACUCAGUGGCCUGUCAUCCAAGGCUGCACGAGAUGUGCUGGGCUUCCUGAGGGUAGUUCGUUUUGUCAGAAUCCUCCGGAUCUUCAAGCUGACUCGCCAUUUUGUGGGACUUCGGGUAUUGGGCCAUACACUCAGGGCCAGUACCAAUGAAUUCCUCCUUCUUAUCAUCUUCCUGGCUCUCGGAGUUUUGAUUUUUGCUACCAUGAUCUAUUAUGCUGAAAGGAUUGGUGCCAUGCCAUCUGAUCCUAGUGGUAGUGACCAUACCCACUUUAAGAAUAUUCCCAUUGGAUUUUGGUGGGCAGUGGUAACCAUGACAACUUUGGGUUAUGGAGACAUGUAUCCCCAAACUUGGUCAGGUAUGUUGGUGGGAGCUCUCUGUGCCCUAGCAGGUGUUCUUACCAUUGCUAUGCCUGUUCCAGUCAUUGUCAACAACUUUGGAAUGUAUUACUCUUUGGCCAUGGUGAAGCAAAAGCUCCCAAAGAAGAAAAAGAAGCACAUACCCCAUCCAGUGCCACUUGACUCUCCAACAUUCUGCAAAUCAGAGGAUAACUCACCUCACAACAGUAUUCAGAGUUACAACAGUCCUCUAGCGGCAGCAACAGCAGCUGGGGUGAUGGAGAGGAAAAGAUCAGACACCAAGCAGAACGGAGAUGCCAAUGUGGUUCUGUCAGAUGAAGAUCAACCUCUUUCUUCACCCCAAGAGGAGAAGCAGCUCAUGAGGGGCUCAAGUACCAGGGACAAAAACAAGAAAGCAGCAACCUGUUUUCUCCUGAGCACUGGAGAUUUCUCUUGUGCUGCUGAUGGUAGCAUCCGGAAAGGACUCUUGAAUCCUCAGUGACUGUCACUAGAAGCUGGGAUUGGCUCAAGAAAUUUUCCUGUUAAAAAUGUAUACAAGGAGAAUGUAAGUUGGAAGGACCCAUCAAUUUGCUGUAAUCCUGCUUGCUGUGUAUUCAAUAUAUAAAAAUGUAUCUGAGGCAUUCAGGGUUACUCCAUAUUAUCAAUGUCGAGAUGGGCUGUCAACCAGUGCAAGCAUUUGAACUGUUUCACAAUCAGCAUUUUGUUGUGUGGACCAACUUGUUGGCCAACGUUGCUGCUAAUUCACUGUAGAAAUUUGAGUGGUUCCUGGACUUCAUUUCAGAUGGACACUGCUAAUCUUAGGUACCUUCCAGCAGACUCCUGCAGAUGCUUCAACAUGUAAGUGCCAACCUAGCAUUGUCUGCAGAUAGCAUUUAGUUUUAGACUCUACUAUGUGUAUUCCUGGCUUCUUCAGUAGGAAAUUCCCUUUCUGUAUAUGAUAUUCAUGGAACUAUUUGGGAAUUUCAAGCUACAAGAUGUUGCAAGGUGAAAGUAGCUUGUGGGUGUAUUUAAGGAAAAAGAAGAACCAUUAGACUGUCCCCCCUCCCCACAGUGCUGUUACUGCAUUCCCAGACAGUAUUUAGUACUAUUAUCUUCUGUACUGUAAAUAUGGCUCUUCUUGUCAAACUAUAAAAAAAAGUCUUAAUAAAAAGAU